CUUUGCUCGGUCCGCUCGCCCGCAUACAGAGACCACCGUCCAAACAGCUUAGUCAGUUAUCUACAAGAAGGAAAAGUAGACCUAGACGACUUUCAUCAUAUACAGGCAUACGGUCCACGGAUCAAAGUCCACUAUCUGUGAAGAGUCCAUUGGGGAGCUUGCUAUUGUAUUUUUACUAAUUUGUUGCAUUUAUUUUUCGAUUUUGGAGUGAAAAUGAUGAAAAAUUACGUGUCGGCUCUGCAGAAAUCAGCAAAAAUGUUGGGUCAUUCAACAGGCCCCGUAUCCGCUUUAGUGAAAAAUCAAGCCGUUCGUUCGCUAUGUUCCGCCGCCAACAAGUACAACUUCGAAACCCUGAAGCUGUCCACGCCGCAACCGUUCGUGGUCCACGUGGAACUGAACCGUCCGGAUCGGUUGAACGCCUUCAACAAGCGCAUGUGGAUCGAGCUGGGCCAAUGCUUCAGCCAACUGCACGACGAUCCGGAUUGUCGGGCCAUUGUCUUGUCCGGUGGCAGUGCCAAGCACUUCACCGCGGGAAUCGACCUUUUGGACAUGAUGAAACUAGGGCAACAGUUGGGAGAGAUCGAAGACAUCGGGCGGAAAGCUAGGUUGUUCGAAGGACUGAUAAAGCUGUAUCAGGACUCGAUCAGUUCGUUGGAACGGUGCUACAAACCGGUGAUUGCGGCGAUUCACACGGCUUGUGUUGGCGCAGGAGUGGAUCUGAUUACAGCGGCCGAUGUACGGUACUGCACACGUGAUGCCUGGUUCCAGGUGAAAGAAGUGGACAUCGGAAUGGCAGCGGACGUGGGAACGUUGCAGCGAUUGCCGAAGGUGAUUGGCAGUCAGAGCUUGGCCCGGGAGCUUUGUCUGACGGCCAGGAAAUUCAAAAGCGACGAAGCACAUGCUUGCGGAUUGGUUUCAAGUGUGUUCGAGUCACGUGAGGAGAUGCUGAAAAAGGCAAUCGAGCUGGCAACGCAGAUUGCGAGCAAGAGUCCGAUUGCGGUGCAGGGAACAAAGAAGAAUAUGGUCUAUUCGUUGGAUCACACCAACCAGGAAGGGUUGGAUCAAAUCCGAGAGAUGAAUAUGGCCAAUUUGCAAAGCGAGGACUUUAUCAAUGCCGUGAUGGCCCAGCAGAGCAAGGAUGAGAUGCCGGUAUUUUCUAAACUGUAGAUAAGUUAUGUAGGUAGAAGUGCUUGCGACUGUUUUUCAUAUAAUGGUGAUUCAUAUAUUGAUUUACCGGC